UAAAUAAAAUUGGUUCAGAGACCACCAAAUUCCAAUUCAGUAAAAUAGAAGAUCAGUUGGUGGAUCUGAAUUCCAUCCCUUAAAUUGCAAGCGGCAAUGGACGCACAUUCUUUCGAAAUGGGCGAUGAGAAUAAUGGCGAUGUUAUAUUAAGGAUAAUCUGCGCCAACGGUGUUGAAUAUGAGGGUAAUCCUAUUUAUCUACAUUCUCAUGUUUUAAACAAGUCCAAGUUUUUUCAGGCUAGGAUCUCUGAGCGGUGGGUUUUACACAUUUCGCCUCCUGAAAUCAAAUUAACUGUCCUUCCCAAUGGCGUUGCUGAGAAUUACAUAAAGUGUAUUCGCCUCAUGUAUUCAUCCUAUAAGGGAAAAGGUCUUCACUUUUCUAGUGUAAAUGAUGCCCUAGAUAUUUUUCCCAUUGCUUCUGAAUUACUUUUUGAAGAGGGCAUCCAGGCAUGCAUGCAUUAUCUAGAAGCAGUUCCUUGGACUCCUCAAGAAACACUCAAAAUCAAGUUUUUAUUAUCAUCUCUGCAGGUAAGUGUUUCUUCCGAUUUAUCAACCAGACUUGGAAUCUCCAAAUCCUCGUUUAAUGGAGAGUUAGAGCUCUUAAAAAAAAAAUUGCCGGAAAUGUUUUCUACCAUCUGGAAAAAUCAAUCCCUUAUGAUAUCUCUGAGUAGUAUGCGGCUUACAAUCGAGCAACACCUGAUUGAAAAUUUCCAAGGGAAUGCAUUGCCCGCUGUGCAAGAUGUAUGUAGAGACGCAAUUAUGAAUGAAUUCAGUGUCAAAAUUGAGUGUAUUAAGAAUGGUCAUGGUCAUGAUUCGGUUACUGAGAACCUGUUGUGGCUAAUAGACCUUACUAAGCUUUGCAAUAUUGGAAUAUUUGAAAUUACAUUCAAAAUGUUUGUGGAAGAUUCACAACUAGCUAACAUAUUACUUCAUCAAUACAAAAUCCGAAGUGUUUCCUGUUCAUAUUCAUAUUCAAGUUAUUUGCUGCAAAUUUUACUCGAUAGGUAUACAAAGGGUUUGAUAGAUGGGGAUAUAAUUGUUCCCAAGUCUUCCCGAAUUUGUUUUCUGAGAAUGUGGGUACCAGUUAUGGCAUAUCAUAUUUGUAAUAUGGCUGGUACCUCUUCCGGUUCAUAUGGUUUACCUCAGGGAUACCCUGAAAAAUUUGUUAGGGGUGUUACUAAAGUGGUAGGGACCCUUCCUCUUGAUGACCAGAAAGCACUAUUUAUGUUUUGGGCAAACCCUUUGGAGAUAUUUGGAAACCAGGGUAACCCUUUUGAGACAUUUGGAACCCGGGGUAAGGAAACUUUUCAGUGGUGGAUGAAUGCAAUAUGGUUAGCAGUGACGAAUGUAAAUGGCAAUGGUUUGAGGACUGAGUGAUGGAGAAUAAACAAUUAAACAUGACUUUGAAUUUUGGUAUGUGGUUUCUUGUUAAAUUGUUGCAGGGCUGAUUAAUGGAAUAUGUCACCAUUGGAGGACUUGUCAACUAAAAUUUUGUGAAACGAAGUUGGAGAUGCAUAUCAACCAUGCAGAAUCUUUAAAGAAUUUUUGGGCUGUGUUACUGGUUGCUAUUAAGAAAAUGAAGAGGAAUUAUUCUUCCUCGGAAGUGUGUAUGAGUCUACGGGAGUUGAAGCUGACUGUUAUGAGACCUUGGAAUCAAAGCAUGGACUGCUAUAUACUGAUUCAGACAAGUAACCCUAUUAAAGAGCUUUGUGGCAUAACCCUUUGGAUGUUCUAUAAUAAUAUCUUCAUACUGAUAUUUCAUUGAUAAAUUAUAGACACGGCUUUAAAUGGACUUUUGAUGAUUAUGAAUAUGGACCUUGAUCUUGGACUCAAGAUGCUUUGUUCUAGAUCCUUUGGCUGAUCAUUAAUAACUCAUACGUUUGAAUCUGGUCCUUUUGACAGUGAGUUGGAAUCAUUGUAUUUUGCUCUGCUCACUGCCCAUUAAUGACUGUUAUUGUGUAUGCUUUGUGAUUGUUCAUUGGUUGUUCAUACUUUUGAUACUAUCUUUGAUGUUGAUAAGGCUGCUCUAAGACUGGUGAAAUU